AUGGUCCUCGAAAAGCCUGAUAAUAAGCAUGUUUCAAAGGUCUUUUCGUUAACGGGGAAAGUGGCCGCCAUUACAGGCGGCGCUCGAGGCAUUGGCCUUGAGAUAUCUCGUGGCCUCGCCGAAGCAGGCGCAGACAUCGCCAUUAUCUACAGCUCGACCAGCUACGAUGCCGCUGGAAUCACGGCCUCAAUCGCCUCCGAGAACAACAUCAGAGCCGAGUGCUACCGCUCCGAUGUCACCGACGCCGCCGGCAUCGAGAAGACACUGCAGCAAAUCGAGCUCGAUUUCGGCCAUCUCGACAUCGUCGUGGCCAAUGCUGGAAUCGCAUCUUACUCCGCUGCUGAGGAUUACACACCAGCUCAGUUUUCUGAAGUCAUGAGCGUGAACCUCGAUGGCGCGUUCUACACAGCGCAGGCUGCCGCCCGAAUUUUCAAGAAGCAGGGAAGGGGUAAUAUCAUUUUCACAGCGAGCGUGAGCGCGAUUUUAGUCAACAUUCCGCAGAAACAGGCGGCGUAUAAUGCUUCGAAGGCUGCUCUUGUGCACCUUGCAAAAUCACUAGCUGUGGAAUGGGUUGAUUUUGCCCGGGUUAAUUGCGUAUCGCCUGGGUUCAUCGCCACGGAUAUGUUGGCGACGCAUCCGGAAGAGUGGAGGCAGAAGUGGUUUACUUUGAUUCCUGCACAGCGGCUUUGUGAUCCUUAUGAGUUGAAAGGGGCAUACGUUUUCUGUGCUUCAGAUGCAUCAAGCUAUAUGACAGGAGCAAACCUCGUCAUUGAUGGAGGUUAUACCUUGCCUUAA